GAGUGAAUGGAUGGGAUGACUUGGGAAAGAAAAGGACAAAGAGCUAUUGGGAGCGAGGAUGGAGAAUGAUGGAAAACUCUCAGCCAACGCUGGGGCCUGUUAUCCUAAGCAAGAUCCUGAGCGUGGCGGCAGUCACUUGAUCUCUACAGAUGACUUGGAGUAUCCACGAGAGUACAGGACGCUGGGGAACAGUGGCCGGCGCUUCUCCAAUGUCGGCUUGGUACACACGUCGGAGCACCGCCACACCGUCAGCGCGGCACAAAGCCUGGAGGCCCUGACUAACCUGCACAAGGCUGACAUGGAAAGGAAGAGGGACGCCUUCAUGGAUCACCUGAAAAGUAAAUACCAACAGCAGCAGCAACAGCAGCAGCAGCUGCAGCAUCCUCACCACAGCCCCCACCACAACCCCCCCUCACCCUCACCCUCCCAUGCCAGCAUGAGGGGCUCCUCAGAAAGAUCUGCUCGAGAACAGCAACAGCCCAACUACUGGAGCUUUAAGAGCCGCAGUCCACGCCAUUCCCAGUCUACCCAGUCCGGGCUCGCAGAUCAGGCUGCCAAGCUUUCCUUUGCCUCCGCCGAAUCCUUGGAGACCAUGUCAGAAGCAGACAUGCCUACCGGGUUUAACCGGAUGAACCGAUUCCGUCAGAGCCUGCCGCUGUCUCGUUCUGCCAGCCAGAAUAAGCUACGAUCUCCAGAUGAAUUUUCAGGCGUGCUUUUCCUGCAGUAUGGAGAUGAGACACGGAGGGUUCACAUCACCCACGAGCUCAGCAGCAUGGACACGCUGCACGCUCUCAUUGUGCACAUGUUCCCUCAGAAGUUGACAGCGGGAAUGCUAAAGUCACCCAACACCGCAAUACUGAUCAAAGACGAGGCACGAAACGUCUUCUACGAGCUGGAGGACGUCAGGGACAUUCAAGACCGUAGCAUCAUCAAGAUUUUCCGCAAAGAGCCCAUCUAUGCUUCUUACCCUGCAGCUGCACACCUGGCUAAUGGAGACCUGCGGAGAGAAAUGGUUUAUUCAUCUCGGGAAUCAUCCCCAACGCGCCGCCUCAACACCCUUCCUUCCUCUUCGGGAUCGGCACCCUCCGGCUCUCCAUCCCGCUCUCGCCUCUCAUACAGCGGGGGCCGAAAUCCCUCCUUCUCUGGGAACCAACCCCAGCACGAACAGCCCAGACAUUCGCAUCACCCCCCAGGUGGCCACGGUGCUAACCUAGGUCUGUCUCCAUCACCCAGUGCCAUUUUGGAGCGUCGUGAUGUCAAGCCGGAUGAAGAAGUUUCUGCAAAAAAACUGGCUCUUAUGAAAAAUGAGGCACUAUAUGCAGAUCCCUAUAGUUUGAUGAAUGAAGGUCGUCUCAGCAUCGCCUCCACCCAGUCUCUGGCUGCCAUUGGAGACCCUUUCAACUAUCCUGUUACCACUGGCCUAUAUCGGCGAGGGUCUGUACGCUCUCUUAGCACCUACUCUGCUGCUGCUCUUCAGGGAGACCUGGACGACUCAUUCUACAAGCCUGGAGGCUCGCUGUAUUCUGACACAUACUCCUCUGCAACCCUCGGAAUGGGAUUUCGAAUGCCGCCCUCAUCACCGCAAAAAAUCCCUGACAUGCAGCUUAGGGACAGAGACUCGUAUUCUACUUCACCACGCCCCUCUCCUGUCAGGCAGAGUUUCCGCAAAGACUCUGCCUCUUCGUCUGUAUUUGUGGACAGCCCGAAAUCCAGGCCAAGCUCCAGUUCAGAACCAGGCUUUGGCCCCGCUUUAUCUGGACAGGAUGGAGACACAAGCAGGGACCACCGCCUAGAGCGUAUGGAAGCCAUGGAGAAGCAAAUAGCCAGCCUGACUGGCCUCGUGCAGAGUGUACUGACCAGGGCACCAGACAGCGACAGCACAUGCGGCCUACUGCGUCUCUGCAUGAUGGCGGGCUGCCCUCCGGACCAAGGGACGGAGUUUUCACGCCCAUUACCUUUCUCUUCCAGCGAGAAGACCGAAACUAACAGUGACGGCUCCGCCACUGGAACUGGACGUCAGAAGAAGAAAGCAGCCAAUACACCGUCAGCACCUUUAGCACUGAUGCCACCACCGCCUUCUAACACAACCCCGGUGAACGGUGUUGGUCGCCUGCAGAUGAAGCUCCAUCUGCAUGGCCUGCAGCAAAACGCCACCGACCUCCGCAAACAGCUUGGUCAGCUUCGCAAGAUACAGAUGGAAAACCAGGAUUCAGUGCGAACUCUGCUGAAACGGACCGAGGCCGAGCUGAACGUGCGCGUCGCGGACGCCCUGAGGAAGCAGGAGGAUCCUUUGCAGAGACAGCGCCUACUAGUGGAGGAGGAAAGACUCAAGUACCUCAAUGAAGAAGAACUCAUCAUCCAGCAGCUUCACGAUCUGGAGAAAUCAGUGGAGGAGAUCCAGAAGGAAUCGUCUGUCAACCACAAGCUGGUGACGGUGCAGGAGCUGGAGGAGAAGGCUGCAGUUCUAAGAAAGCUGGGAGAAACACUCACCGAGCUGAAAAAUCAAUUCCCGAGCCUGCAGAGCAAGAUGCGGGUGGUGCUGCGGGUGGAGGUCGAAGCUGUGAAAUUCCUUAAAGAAGAGCCACACAGACUUGAUGCCCUGUUAAAACGCUGCAAGUCUAUAACCGACACCCUCGCCACGAUGCGCAAGCAAGCAAAUGAUGGGGUUUGGAAAAAGCAGGACAACUUUUCAAAUCCCUCAGCAAAGCACAAUGAUGACUUGCAAAAGUUUUCAGGCUUUGACAUCCCCAGCAGCCCUCCGUUAACCAUCAAUGAUAUUGGAGGAGGUAACAGCCUGUCUAACUGGAGUCCGCACUCCAGCCUCAGCCGUGGUCUCGGAAACCCGUCCGGUUCUCACAAGGACAAUCAUCCUCCUAUUCCCCACAAAGGCAAAGCCCUUGAGGAACUGGAGCGCCGUGCUGCCGCUGACAAAGCUUUGUCAAUGGAAGUCCGACUAGCAGCAGAGCGGGACUGGGAGGAAAAGCGUGCCAGUCUUACACAGUACAGUGCUCAGGACAUCAACCGCCUGCUGGAGGAGACCCAAGCUGAACUGAUGAAGGCUAUUCCAGACCUGGACUUUGCUGCCAAGCAGAUCAAGCCCUCCUCCAACACCCCAUCGGCCCAGAUCCCUCAGAGUGGGGCGACAACAACGGAGCACCGCUCUAGCAAGCCACAAAACAAGCUUUCAGCUAAAGAGGGGGGGUCCAGGCGUGGCUCUGAUGAGCUGACAGUACCACGGUAUCGCACAGAAAAACCCUCCAAGUCUCCUCCCCCUCCUCCACCUAGACGUAGUUUCCCUUCGUCUCCAGGUGUGACUUCUCGCAGUGGAGAGCCCUUAAUUCCUGGAAAAAGCAUAAAGAAAUCCGAAUCCGAAGAGAAUGACACCCAAAAGCCACACACGAAACUGAGGAGGACCAUGUCUGAAAACCCUCGUCCUGCAUCUACACCCCCCACGCUAGCCUCCGGAGAGAAGGAGCAAGGAGAGGAGGAAAAAAUUGCUGCUGAACUUGAGCUGUUUGAAAGAGCCCCAGUCAGGCUCUCUCGCCCCACUUCGCUUUUUCUCCCUGCUAGCCCACACAUCAGGAAAAUCCCUUCCCCCUCCAGGCUACACCUGUCGCCUCCUGAGGCCUCUUCUGAGGGAAGGAACUUUUCUGCGAUCCCCCACAUCCUGUUGACAGAGUGUUUGCCAGACUCACUCACUGCUGCAGAAAAUCCUGUCAGAGAUUUAGCAAAUUACCCUGCACAAAAUAAUCCAACGCACAAUUCCAGGGAUCAACAUAUGGUCCAGAAAAAAGAUAUUUUAAGGGGAACGCCUACAGAAAGAAGUAAACCUGGUUCCCAACAGGACCAAGAUAUAUACCUGCUUCUCACAGACAUGGAGAUGAGACGGGUGUUACCUCACGAAGCUCAGGAACUAAAGAAUAUAGUACAUAAAACUCUGAAUAUCUCAGCGCAGAUUGAAGAGGUUUCUGUAGCAGAGCUGGAUGAACGGCCUGUUCUAAUGCAUUUCAGAAAGGGAAAUAGUCUUAAAGACACAUACAGACUGCUGUAUUCCCUUCUGGAGUCAUCCAAUCCAACCCCCCAAAGGAGAUUAAGAUCCUCCCAUCAAUCCCUACAGCAGCCCCCUUUCAUGGAGGCUCUAAGGAGAGGGAUUGAGACAGGGGAGGAUGUGCUAACAUUUCAACAUGCAGAUGAAGUUAGGAUGGAGCCCAGUAAUUGGGAUUUAUCCAGUCAAAGGAGAAUCACCCAGGAGCUCCGACUGAGCACCUACCAAAGACUGGACAGUUUGGAGGAGACCAUCCGAGAGCUGGAGAACACUGUAAUAGAGAUCAGUGGUCACUCUAUGACAGAAGGGCUCUACACAGAGACAGAGGUGGCCCUCAUGAGCGUUCCAGCCCAGCGGACUGGGAGUCUGAAGUCGGAGACCAAGAGGCCACCGGUUCCACCCAAACCGGCAUCAAUUCAGGGAGGGAAUAAUCCCAGCAUAGGAAAAGUUCAUUCCUCAGCUGCCUCAAAACUGAAGCAUCUGCAGCAGAACAGCACAGAGAAGACUAAAAGUGGCAAGAAGGAGGAUUUACAGAAGGCACAGAGCCUCCAACAGCAGCAGUGAGCGACCCGUCCCCGCCCAGCCUCUUCAGCUUCCUCCACCUCCUGUUCACGUGACUAAAGAGAUACACACUUGUCUGCCCGCUUUACUUAACCAGCUCCUUUGACAUCAUUAGUCUUCAAUCCAAAAUGAUGCUUCUAGAUGUGUGAAUGUUUGUUUUUUUGUGCAAGCAAGCUUGCACAGGUGUGUUUGAAUAUGCCGACGGGAUGAUGCUGCAGGUAGCACUGCAGCCACAAACCAUCUUAGGGAUUUUCUUUACACCUUUUUCAAUUUUUCAUAAUUUCAACCCCCUGAAAACCUCAUCUCUUUGCGCUCCUCCUCCACCCCUUUCUGUCUUUUUGUCCCUGCUCUACUCCAAGGCCUUGGGGAUCAACAAGGGAACCGCCGAACCAUACCUGUCUGGACUGAAAGCAAGUAUUUUUUUAGGCCGGAUGCCUUCUGCAGCCUUUGCACCCGGCUUGAGAAUGUCCCCCCACGAGGGGACCGCACCCUCCCUGACAGUCUCCUCCAGCCAAGCAAAAGCCCUACUGGCAAGCCUGUCAGCCUCUGGCCUGUGCACUGAAGCCCUGCUCCUGUCCUCCGCUCUGCGUCAACGCCGCCUUCUCCGGGAGCAGAAAGGAUCAUCCUCUCUUCCCAAUAGCUUGUCCUCCACACCCACAUCCUCCUCUUCCCCCACAACCCCUACUCCAUCCCUGUCUCCCUCCUCUCCCACACCGCUUGGUAACUUUACUUUCUCCUCUAUGGUUGUCAAACCCACCAGAGGAAGAUCUGACAGCCCCCAACUGCUCAGCAGCCGUAAGGAUGGUGACAACUCCUAAUGGAGGGAGGAGGACAUGGACAAAUACAAAUCCAAAAUUAUCUUUAUAUAGAAAAAAAUCUUUUUUUCGAGAUAUUUUCUUUCAGGAUUUCUUAUAUCCACUUUUUUUUCUCACUGAUGUAGAAAGCAACAGACUCUGAGUUCAUCAUAAUUUCUCUCAGUUUUCUUCUUGGACAAGUGUCCUUCUCUCGUCUGGUUCCACGGUCUCCCACACAGUCCCACUGCCAGAUUCCCAAACAGAAUGCACACAAACAUGCCAAGCCUCCCUUUUCCACCAGCUGUCUGCUACAAGGUUAGUGUGGUCGAACACGUUCUCAUUUCAUGGGCUGUUUGUGGUAUCGUUUUCAUAUCUAGACUGUGGUUAUGAAAAUAGAGUUGCAAUAAUAGCCGAGUGAGUCGGAUAGUUCUAUAUGUUUAGGAUGAUGUUGCUCUUUCUUACCUGCCUAAUCUGAUAGAAAAGCUCUUCUCAGAAAAUAUUUACAAAAGCCAGAUGAGAUGAAUGUGGUUUUGAGCUGUUUGUGCAAAAAGGACACUCUUUUCUUUUUUGCAUCAGCCACAUUUUUAAACUUCCAAUCGGUGCUAUAUUUUCCCUUCAUUUGUGCACAAUAAGAGUUUACAUGAUUGUUCAUCCCCUUUGCACAUUACUCUGGGUUCUAAUUUAAUGUUGCAUUUUAAACCUUGGUAUGCAUCUCUGUAAAUGAAAACAUUGCAUCUGGUAUUGCAUUUAUGGCAUCUUUAAAGUGAAGGAAACAAGAAUAUUGCAGCAUUAUUCAUGAAAGCACACUGCAUUAAGCAGCCAUGACACUAAGAAACUGCAAAAUUACACUAAAAGAAAGAAAAUUAGAAAAGGAGGUUGUGUAUAACCCAUGUGGAUUUACUGUAUGAGUGUUGUGACUUGUUGUUUAUGACAAUCAGGGUGUUUUCACCGUAGCAUCUCGCAGGUCGCUCUGACAUCCAAAACCCAUCCCAAAGACUCAAGCACGCACCUGUAAAGCUAAGCUGUACAGCACUGACAUAAUGUGUGUGUUUUUUAUUUUAUUUUAUCUUUUAAAUCCUAUACGACCAGAUAUGUUAUGAUGCACCUGGGGUUGAAAUGGACCACAGUGACCGGAAUAUUUCACCCAUAAAAAUCAUAUUAAUGUUCCUUUAAAAAGCGCCCAGAUUUUAUCAUAGUUUAUAUGUUUUCAUUAACUCUAGUGAAAAAUGUAUAUGUAUUAAAAAUAACUUUUCAAUAGCACAGGUUUAUAUAUCAUAUAUUCCCCCUUAUGAGGGAAUCAGGGCAUCAUAAAUAUGUAGAGAAAGCACAGUUUCCCCCCUGAAAACAAAAUAACAAGAUACCCCUUAAAUAACUUAAUUAUAGGUUAGGAGGCAGUGCAAUUUUCAAAUAUAAAAAAAUCGUGCAAUGACAGAAAAGAAAAAUGGAAAUUUUCAACCUAGAACUAGAGGUGAACUGUAAGUAAACAAGUAUAUUGAAAUAAGCUAGAAUGAUACUGUAAGAUAAUUAAUUCAGUCAUUCAGUUAAAGUAGAGAAACGCAUAAAAAAGGAUACACAUUUACACAGUGUGAAAAAAAAUCUAUUAUUUCUGUUAAUUUUGGCUUACAAUGGUUGAAAAAAAAAACAACAAAAAUGUUUCUUUUUUCUUUAAAGAUGUUUAUGUUAUGGUCAUUUUAUAAUCCUGCAGUCAUGGGAAAAACUGCUGACACAAAAUAUGGCUGUUCAGAGAGUGACAUUAUUAUGCACACAGUACUAAUGGAAAAUUGAUUGGAAGGAAAACCUGCUUUAAAACAAGUGUAGAGGCGAAAAUGAUUUAUGAGCUAUAGAGAUAUUCACAAGACAUAUCUGGGAUGAGUUAAUCAAAUCCAGAUCCUCUUAUCUGAGCCAAGGAGAACAAUUGACCUGGCUGUUUUUUUUUGUGGUCCUAAGCUCUCUUUGUGUAAGUUGGUUCAGUGUGUAGUUGUCCAGUCCCAAUCAUCUGCUGUAGCAGAACAUUUAUGUGUGCACUGAGUUAUUUAUUUUUUUGUUUUGUUUAAUUAGCUGUAAGCAAUACACCAAGAUUAACAGAAUUAUACAUUUGAAAUAUAUUACACACUUUUCUUACCUUCCAAAUUUACGUGAAAUUACUAAACCAUAUUCACUUUUUCAUGAUAUUAUACAUUGAGAUGGGCCUGUUGGGCAUUUGCACACUGAUGUCAGACAUUUAAAUCAUGCUAACUGAAGGAAAGAGUCCUGAUUGUAAUUGGUUUGUCACAGUCUUACAGAAAACUGUUUACUUGGUGCAGUCAUUAAUCCAUCAUAACAUUAAAUAAAGAUUCAACAUGUGAAAUGUUUGCAAAAAAAA